AGAUAAAGGACGACUAUGCGAUGAACAUAAACAUGCACUGAGAAGGUACUCAUUCUUCGUUCUGCUUUUCUGGCUGUGUCGUCGUCCAACCAGCAAAACUACGACAUGAUGCAAAAAAUUCAGUGGCCUAAGUAAUGAUGUGGCAAUGGGUGUUGCCUCAUUUGCGACAUAUGUCCACUUAGUCAGCUAUGUUCUCGUACUCACCGAACGUCUGGUGGGAAAGGCCGAAGGUGGCCUGGAGUUGGUCCUUCCCGGGGAGCACAGGGCGCUUUCGGGCGACCUGGAAGUGCACGUCCUCGGAGGUUGGGCAGGGCUAACUGGGAAGCUACUCUUACUCCAGAAACCCCUCCUGGAGUCGGAUUCCUCUGUGGAUUCUUGGGAAGAAAUGGGGUCCGUGCCGCUUACAUGGACCGACAAGACCUCGGCCCAGGCUAGGUUCCCGUGCGGUGUCAUUUCCCGUGGUGGACGGUACGGGAUCAGACUUUUUGUCGCCGGCACUGGAAAUCAUUCCGACACCGAUCAGAUAACUGAAUUGGACGUGAGAUGGCCUGGAGCGCGUCUCUCUCUGGAGCCUCACGAGAUCCAAACCUAUUCUGAGGUUCCAGUAACAGCCAAGCUCAGCUUCCAGCAGACGAAUUGCGAGCCUGCACUGGGCACAAGAGAACCAGAGACUUGGCUAGUCCUCCUGUACUGCGGACACUCUCCUCACGCCUGCACGUACCCCAAUAACACACACAAACAGCUCGUCUAUUCGGAGCAGAUAAGAGGCUACCCCGAAAAUCGGGAGAUAACCCUGAAAUGCGAACUGUUCGGAAUGGCCGGGCAUUACGCCUUAGCACUUCGGCCGAAGAUCCAGGAUACAGGGGAACCGAUCGCUGCAACGCAGGCAAAAGACACUUUGAAGGCAAUAUGGAGUGAUCGGUUCGUUUUCAACGUUUAUGCCCGUUCGAUAUUCCCGUGCGACGGGCAAUCCGGGGUGCCAGUGUUGUUCCAGUACCCUUCCUGCAUCCUCUCCCAGGGGGACCGGGUGAGGCUGUUCUCCAGAAUGCGGGCGGACGUUUCCGCCCUGGUACCACCCUCGAGUCUACACUACGUCGCCGAACAGCGAGUCCUCAGGGGAAGACAUUCAUUGCGGUUUGACUGUUCGCUAUUUUCCGAAAAGUUUUUCGAGUACUGUUUUGUCUACGUGAGUAAGAGCAUCACGGGCGCGGUCUCAGACGUCAGGAUGGACUGUGUACCCACUCUACCAGUUUUAGAUUGGGAAACGGGAGGCUGGGGACAAUGGAGCCCAUGGACCCAGUGCACUUCAACCUGCAGCAGCGGGACUAGGAAUCGUUAUAGAUUUUGCGAUUCUCCUCCGCCCAGAUACGGUGCCAAAUUUUGCGAGGGCCAUGCUCUGGAGACGGAGAAUUGCGGUGUUGCGGGAGCUUGGAACUGCAGGUACUACCCAGACACGGGAAGCGGCGAUGUCCCUGCAGACAGACCAGAGGUGAAGGCCGAGAUCGGCCCCGGUUGCAGGUGCGGCUGCAUCGUUCACCUCGGAACUGGAAAAACGCGUCGCCUCAUCGCGGCAUCGUCGCAUUCCUGUCCGGGCAGGACGUUCUGGCUGAUCCAGACUGAAAGAAACAGAAGUGUCCGCCUCAGCAUGGAGCAGUUCAGGCUUCCUUGUUUUUCCCAGUCAUUGAAGAUACGUGAUGGAGACAGUUCUUCUGCUAAACUCCUUGGCAAGUUGUCAGGGACUCCACUGGAGGUGCGAGAGAUCGUCAGUUCUUCCUCUUCACUUCUUAUAGAAUUUAACGCAGGAGACGACAUCACGAGCGGUGACGAGUGCAGCGGAGGAUUUCUCGCACAUGCAUCACAAAUUGACCGCAGGGAGACGAAUUUCACAAGCCCUGUUGUGGCGGAGACUGUGAGCGGCGAACUUUGGACGAGCAGCGGUCUCGUGAACGCAGGGCUGGCGCUCACUCUGCUGAUGGCAGUGGUAGCAUCGGCGUGUCUAGGAGUGCAGUACAUCUACCGAUACCACAAAUACCAGUUGGCAUCGGCAGCUGAUGACAUGGAGUCUUUCGAUAACAAUUCGUGCGGGAGUUUAGCGGUCGGAAGGAGUCGGGCGACGUCUAGCUCCACCCUACUCUCAGAUGUCAUAUCCCUGCAACGAUUCAGAGGUCAUAAACAUUUUCGGCUGUCUGAGGAAAACACCGAGUUACUGGAGAAAAAUGCUUCCGGUGAAACCAGGGUGGACGAGUCUGAAGAAACGGAGGAAGUCAAACAUCAAACAACUGAGAUGACUACGAGGUUGAGCGAGGAGAAAAGACCUACGAGUCUAGAAGUUCCUAAGACUCCUCAGUUGCCUAGGAGACAAAUUAGACUGCUCAAGAACAGAAAGUUUAUGUCGCCAGUGAGCCCGGUCGCUGAAGGCCCUGAAGACGAAGACGGCGACAAAAUGGAAAUCGAGGCUGCAUCCCCUCGGGUGUUCCGGAAAGAAAGGAACGAUUCAAGACCAAGUGCCAGUUCAAGCCAGUCGUCUACCCUUACCAACGUAAGCACUUUCUCGUUCAGCAAGGGCUCAACUCCUUCAGUGGUUGGAGCGAGUUCUAAAGAAACAAAAGAAAAAAGGAACAGGGAAAGGGUUCUCGCCGGGUCAGAGUUUAGCCUCAACGGACCGGAUCUAGAAAUGGACUAUUAUGACUAUAACGUGCAGAACGCAGUACCAGGUUCAUACUUGGCGAUGGAUCCAGCUUUCUGCCUGUGGAUACCGCCUUUUGCUCCUGGAGUUUGGGAUGAGACUGAAUUCAAGGGAAGCAAUGAAGAUCUUUCUAAAUCAACAGACAGCAUUUUCAAAGAAGGCAUUGUGAGGUCUGUUUCCAAUAGGGCGUUAUCAACCGGAGUCUUGUACAGCACAGAAGAUGACAGCGCCGCCAACCUGGUCGAGAAAAGUGGCUCGGGGUCUCCAGUUAAAGUGCACCAAUAUCCUAAAAAGGAAAAAGAGACUCGUGUGGAAAAAUCCCCCGGAAGCGGAGAUUACUACAACAUUCUCGAGAACGAAGAUGGGAUCAAGUUUGCGGACGAUGAAGAAGAAGAAUCGGAAAAAAAGGAAGAAGACAAAACACAAGAGUGGAACAAAUCUACAGUAAUCGUCCAAGUACAUUCUCGUAACGCAUAUUUCAACAAAUAAUCACUUUUUAGCCAUAUCAACAAGCAAGGCGAAACCAUACAAACAAUAAUUAAAGACUCCUAAAUAUAUCUCGACUCGUUUAUCAAGAAAUCGCUCUACGAUUUUUAAGUGUUCUAGUUUUAAGUCUCUUGAAUGUCAGCAUUUGUAUAAAUUGCUUAGCUGUUUGUUUUGUAAGAGGGGUAGUUCGGUGACACAACCAACCGUGCAUGUAACACAGUGACUUUUUUGAAUUUUGGAAGUGUGUUAAACACUUUUUCAGCAGUUAGCUUCUAGACUAGACUCGGCGUUCUAUAUUCACGCCUGUACAUAUUGUAUAAGAAUUUUUAAUGUUUGAGUGACAAAAGACUCUGUGCCUGUUUUGAAAUGUACAAGAUAUAUAUUUGAAUAACAUUAUUUAGGACCAAUUAUUAUUAUCUAGUCAGUUGAAAAUAAGAAAUGUCAAUGAAUAGGACGUUCCAUUUUAUAUUUUAUCCAAAAGCUGAUUGUACUUAAGAAUGAAUGGUAUAGAAAUAGUUCCUUUAUUGUCUUCCAUUUUAUUUGAGAGAAAAUCAGCUGUUUUGAUGUUUAGUUGACAUUUAAUUAUUUAAUGUAGGUAUAAAAUAUUGACAUGAGUUUGUAACUGGACAAAAAAUAUUUAAAAUCAUUUACAAAAUAUUUUGACCAUUGUGAAAACAUAAU